UUGGAGAGAUCAAUCAGGCUCGGUUGGUCCCAAAAAGUACUCGAAAACACAAAAUAUUCACAGAGCGCAACGAUGUGCUACGUACAACACUAUUGUGUGACAACGACGUGGAAAUCGGAUCGAUGCGAUUGGCGAAUAGAGCUCGGCUAUAUUCGUGCGGAAUCGUGAAGUCGACUGUUUACGAGGGAAACCGAACGGUUACGAAGUUAACCGACUAACCUUUAUAUACGUAUUUCCGGUAGAUACAAAAACGAUACAAUAUUCAUAAUUUUUGCCGGUUACUACAAUACAAGAAGAAUUUUAAAAAUUUAAUUACAAUUGUUUAUGAUAUAAUAUAAAUGUAACCACAUUCCCAGUAACUGUAAUUUGUGCGGAAGGUUACUUUAAAUAAUGUAUGUGCGUUAUACAUGUUAAUUACUGUUACUUUAAGGUUAAGAAAUGAUAUGUUAAUAUUACGACAAGAAAAUACUAUUAAAAAAAUCAUGAAUCAAUCGAUUUGUAACAUUUAUCAAUUAUUCAGUAUAAAUAUGUGGAACAGAUAAAGAUUUUAAUAUUCACAUAUAAUAAACCGAACAGCAUACAUUUUAAUACAUGCAUACAUUUAAAAAAUUGACCGUCUUUAUUAAUAUGAUACAAUAGUGAGCCGUUACAUUAAUUAUGUAAUCAGUAUUGAAGAAAUAUUAAAGUAUUUCUGUUCUACUGAACGAUGUGUACUGUUCACACAAUACACAUACGAUAACCUCGUUUCUAAAUGGCACAAAAGAAAUUUACACUACACAACAAAUAAACGAACAUACUUAAGUUUUAACCGAAAAUAAGAAAAAUCAUGAUGUUCAUGAGGUUUUGAGAUAAACACAUAAAUACCGAGUGACUAGUUGAUGACCUCUGAACAUUAUCGUAGGUGGCACCACACCCCACGUAUUUUGCAAAGAGUACAUCAUUAUCGGUAAAAGAAACAAGAACUCAUUUAUCUCUAUGAAAAUAGAUUAUAGAUAAACACUUACCUCUAUUAUCGAAUUAAACGAGACGGGUUUAGACUGCUUCUGUAUGUACUUCUUCAUUAUCACAGAUGGAAUUAAGUCUUCGACAAUUGCCCAUAGUUCCUUGCCACGGAAACUGAUUUCUAGGAAAAUGAUAGAUGUGCAAAAAUUCAUAUAUCGUCCACAGCUAACAUGACAUUGAAGAUGUUAAUACAAACGGUUAUUCACAAAAUUACAUCUCUAACAAUUUUGAUAUUAUGAUAGUCAUUUUUAUAUGUAAAAUUGAACUGUUAAAAUUUCUAACUAAAAAUUAUGUUUAAAAGGACCUGAAGACAUUCUUCUAUCCAUGAGAAUUAAAAAGUGUAUCAUUACACCACGGCACAACAUAGCGCUCGAAGAACUGCGCCCUUCGAAACAAGGCACCUGCAAUAUCGAUAAGGGUGAGUCGAUAAUUCGACAUGACCGUGAUCACAACCAAGGCCACGUGACUGGACCUGCGCCAAUCGUGUCACGGAGGGAAAAUCAUGAUAAGUGAAUUAAUGGUAUUAAUGGGGUUCUAAAUGUCAAAUAAUCCUGAAUGAAAGCUCCUGUGAUUUCUACUUGACCUACCUUCAGUCCACGAUGAAAUCCCCGAUUGUUUUGACCCUUAAUCGCACUAAGCAAAACGGAUGAGCUUCUAACGGUAACACGAUAAAAUAGACACUGUACUAAACCUGCACCCAUCUUAUCCGGGUGACUGCGGCUUACCAGAAGGACUAGGUGCAGGUAACGUUUUACUGUGUGGCGCUUGCGCUGUGUGUCAACUAACUAACCCUCAAAUACGAAAUCACUUCAUAAUUGUUAUCGGACAACAAAGAGCACAUUAUGAACCGAACGUGUAGUACAGCACGUUACCUGAGUAGUGCACAAAGGGACAAGCAGCAGAAGGAGCCCAAAGUGACUCACGGAUUAAUUAUAUAAGCUUACCAAUUGGAAACUGUCCAUUGAUCACGUCCUUAGUUUGAACGACGGGGAAACAUACCGGGAGAAAUUCGCGUUGCCCGUGUUUGGGUAUCGCUUCCUGUUUCCCUUGAAAGAUAACAUAAAAUUUAACGAGAAAAGGCAAUGGAAAGAACAAUCUAGAAUCAAUUGAAAAUCAAUGAUUCUGCGAGACAUUCAGAUUUAACGUUGGCCCUUAACCAAGAAAUGAACCUUAUCCGGUGCUUGAUCUAAUGAAUAGGCUAAAAAUAUGGACUGCCACUCACUCUUUACAAAUUUGAAGUUUCGACAUUGGCGUAAUUAGGUGGCGGUCAAAGUAUGGGAUAUUUUAUGAAAGACUUGCAAUAAUAUGGAGAUGUAACGCGAAGUUCAUUUCAUUAGGUACGAACUAGAGUACCCAGUAUAGUAAGGUUACGUAUAAAUUUCAUUGUGUGUAUUACAUUAUUAAUACAUGUAAUAAUAUGUAAUAAUAUGCAUGUAAUAAUAAUGUAUGCAUAGUUAUACUAUACGUAAUAUAACGCGCGGCAAUGUAGGAACGACCCUCUGGAAAAUCCUAGUUACGACAAUGAGACUUGAGGCAAAAUUAGCUUUCGAAUAUGUCCAAUAAAUACGUCGAUAUAUUGAAGAUACAAACUUUAACUUUAUGAAUGGUUUACAAUUAGAACUUUAUGAAGGUAAAAGUACAAAAUAAGUGAUAGCGCCAUUGUGUUUUAUAUUUUUCAGAAGUGAUUAUAACUUAAUCAAUACAAAGAUUGUACUGUGCAAAUUGAGGGUAGAGAAUUUAUUAAUAAACUCCUGAAAAAUGUCAUUCUUCCUUUUAAUUAACCUUUCCUAUAAAUAUCGAUCGAGGCUCGUGCAUUUCCUAAAUAACUCGGUGGGAGCUAUAAAAGGCACUCGCGUGGAUACUGAAGUUUCGAAUAAUGCUCACAACAAGUACAAUGAAUAAUACUUGUAGUUCUAGAACAAACAAUAAGAAAGAACACAAAACAAGUUCACAAUAAAGAUGUAAAGGGAUAUUUAUAAAAUAAAUUUCAAUCUGCUCCAAAUGCAAAGACAGUAAAUUAGUCUUCAAAUAUAUUCAAUAUAGUUUUCAAAUAUAUCCUAAAAUAUUUUCACUAGCAAAUUACGAUUUUCAAAUAUAAUUAAUAAAAAGCUUAAAACUUGUUAUUUAAUUUUUCUACUCAAAUAUGCAUCUCGAGAAAUAGAAAGCAAUAUAAUUAGGAUCUUCUUUAACCCCAUUCAUCCCUAUAACAAAUCAUUUCCUAGCGCAAGUACCUUUCAAAUGACCAACACGUUUCCCCCAUAUAUUAGUGAAAGUGACAUCGUUCUACAAAUUGGACAAACGUGGAGGCGAAAGGGCUGCAACCAUGGGCGACCACCCCUACGAAGUUACGCCAAUGGCUGCGUCUCCAAAUAACACAGCUGGGAUAAAUCAGCUCGCAAGCUCGUGGAGCCUGGUUGCAAGUAUUCGACGGGGUGGAUUCCCUCUGGCAAUGAAAAGGAUCGAUGCGGUUCCCGUGGCAACGGCACCGUCAGAGAGGUCAGAACCGCGGAUGGUGGUGGACGGAGUACGAAAGUGAUGCAGUAACGACACCGUCGUCGCCGACGUCACAGCUGCUCGUCGGCUCGUGGCACUUUGUCCCGCGUGUGCUUCGAAACCUUCCUCACGGCCAUUCAAACCGCACGACGUCGCUUCGAAACGACGAGCAUCAUGCGGAGGUGUCAGAACCUCCGCUCCAGGACACCGGUGACCCAAGCUCGUUCGAUCGCGAGAAGGAAACGAUGCACCAGGAUGAGACACCCAAGAUUCGACUGUUGCGACGAUGGAGCGACAUGCCACGGCACCUUCAAUUCAAUCCUCACAUCCGGUCUGGUUACAGGCCGCUCAUGACCGUUCGCCAAUGUCUCGGUAGCUUGUUCUACGUCCACAACGAGACCGUUAAUAUCAUAACGCACGGAUUAGCGAUCUUGUACAUGCUACUGACGAUACCACAACUUCUUCCAUGGAGUACUCAAAGUAUCCUCCUAGGAAUUUUAUCGUGGUGCCAUUUGAUCGGCGCUGUUAGUCCAUGGAUUGGUUCCUUCAUCUAUCAUCUCUUCAUGAACUUAAACUAUGAUGAAAUCUUCUAUAGAACGUUGUUGAAAUUAGACAUGAUCGGCAUAUGGCUGUGCCAAAGUUUCGGAGCAAUACCCAUGAUGGCUGCAACAGUUCACUGUCUACCCAAUGGCUACUGGUACUGCUGUAUUUUCAUCUAUUGUUCCCUUAGUAUUUGGGGACUUCUCAAGGCGAUGCACGCACGAUCUCCCUGGGAGAGAAGAUUAUGUUUCGCACCUCCUUUUUUGAUGAGGAUGUCGGUGAUGAUCCUGCGGUGUUUCGGUAUAGGUGGAGGGUCUCCGAACGCUUUGCUUCACAUUGUGUUACAGGAUCUAAUAGCCGUGGUGGGAGCAACCAUUGGUGCCAUGCGUAUUCCUGAAAAAUGGAUUCCAGGCAAAUUAGAUUUGGCGUUGAAUUCUCACAAUUUGAUGCACGUGUUGGUCGUUCUGGCUGUGUGUUCGAUGCAUGCGGCGACUCUUCAAGAUCUUGCUUGGAUGUCGGAUCCGUCUGCGUGUAACGAAACGAGCUCCGUCGAGUUGAUGCACGAUGAACUGUGAUUGAAUAUUGUUCUUUGAAGUCUGUGAUAAAUUGAGCCUACGAGAAUCGGCGGUUAUUUAUGUAGAUACUAGCUGAC